CUCCAAUCAAGAUGCUCUCAUUUUCACUUGAUCAAGCUUAACUCGGUUUAGGUACUUUUGAUAUACUCCACCUCUCUAUCAAGUUUACAAACUUCAGACUUUAGAGUACUUUCGUAGUCUGUAUUGUUUCUCUUUACAUACGCCGUAAUUUUUUGAAAAAAAAGAUCGUGAGUUCCUCAAUAUUGCAAUCAGCAGAACCCAAUAUUAGUGAAUCAAACCCUAAAUUCAACCGAAAAAAUCAAUAAUUAUGUCUGAAAUUGAAUCCUCAAUCACCGAACAGCAUAAUGCUGCUGCUGCUGCUGCUGAUCACGAUGAUCUAAAUCAGAAGAACGACAAUGAUGAAGAUGUGCUCAAAUUCAUGGAUUCCCUUGAUUCUUACCUUCUUUUACUCGAUGAACUCUCCUCCACUCUUCGUCAGGGAUGGUUUGAUUUUGCUAGUGCUCGUUAUUCCAUGGGAACUUCACGCGUCAAUAGUGUUUUAUUGAAUCUUAAAGAACACUCAGCUGCCACUCAUUUGGAAGUAGAAAAGGGUGAUGAACCACAUUUUACCCUCUGCAAGUGGGUAUCUGAGGAUGCUGCAGAUUCUGAGAAAAUGAAUGAAGGAAAUAGUGGGUUACAGCAGAAAUCUGAAAGUAAGCGCCAGCGACACAAAGACGUAUCUCAAACAACAGCCAAGGAAGAUAGCUCGCCAAGUGGAUCAUCAAAUCCUUUUGCACAGGUACAGAAGGAAAGAUCAAAGUCACUUGCUGUUUUCAGCGCAUUAGGUUCUCCUAAAUUGGGAGCCGCUCAACUUUCAUUUGAAACAGCCUUGGAAAAACUGGUUGAGAUAGCAAACAUGCGGGCAUCAAUGCUACAUGCUUUUGAACAAGUACGGCAACGCAUAGAUAGCAUUGAGGACUAGUGCAAGUCAUUCGGUUUUUUCAAUCUUGUUGGAGGAAUUGCCUCAAGAUUUGUGACAGCUCCUCUAUCUUGUUUCUGGGUACCUAAGAAUUUGAAAGAUGUAUGACAGCUGAAUGUGUUGUGUGACCAUCAAGGUGACUUCCCUUUGAUUCAAGCAUCAUAUGCAGCUCGGAAGUUUGAUGUCUGAGGUGCAAUUACAGAUUUGCAGGAGCCCUCUUAUCGUGCCUGAAUGGGAUUGAGUUCUCAAUUUUUGGUCACUAAAAGGAUCAGAAUUGUUGAGAAUGUGAUUUUCCAUAACAAUAGUGGCAAUACUUAGCUUGGGUUGCAACUUAAGACAUAAUAACUACUGCCUUUGUCAUUAAAUCAAAUAAUGGCUACUUUUGAAGUUGGAUAACUUAGAGGAAUUCAAAACAGUCACAAUUCUCCUUAACAAUUCAAUCUUAUUACACCAAUGUAUUGAACUUCUUCAUUUGUGAAUCAUACGAAAAAUAAAUUUUAUUUAUUAAA